AUGGCCUCCUGGCUGGGGGGGAGCACAGGCUCCGACCCGCUCGUGGUCCUACUGGUCAUCAUCCUGCUGGCACGCUUCGUUCUGUGGUCCUGCCUCAGGACCUACAUCGAUUACAGACUGGCCCGGCCGCAGCCCCGCAAACCCAAGGAUGACUAG